AUGUAUAUCGAAGGUCUACUCCCGUUUCUACUUGUUUUGUUUGCGUCUACAGCAAAUAGCGUACAAGUAGGCGUUAUCAAAAAUGUUCGUGUAGUACCAUCUGGAACAAUAAUAAAUACAACGUAUUACACAUGUAUCUGUAUCUUAGUAACAUCGAGCCAGAAUAUUCAAGGUUUCAACUAUAACUCUCAAAAUGAUACAUGUGCACUAUUCACAAAUUAUUCGUCUUCAUUCAUUUAUAGUGUACAAAAUGAUUUGAAUAGCACAUUCUAUUUUCGCCAAUUACCGCCUGUCACAAGCGUGAAUACUAACUACUCAACAACACAAACACGGUUAACUACUGUUCUAACAAAUGCUGCUGCGACAACAACAACAAUAAAACCGGCUACUACCAAUUUGUAUAAUGCUGGCAAUGCCAAAGAUCUGAGCAAUGUGUACACUACUAAUUUCAGCAGCAUAACAUAUUCUGCCCUUGGUAUUACUGGUUAUGGAGCAGCUUUGUCUCUGACUUACUCAGCAACAUCUUACGUGAUGGUAUCGACUCCUUAUGUUAACCUUCGUAAUCGAAGUUUCACCAUAGAUCUGUGGGCUAAUCCAACAUCGGGAAUGUCUACUAAUGAUUAUCCAUUUGUGGUCAUAUGUCAAACAACAUCACCUAAUUAUAGGUGUUUGCAAGCACUGCUUCGUAGUGGUAAACCGAUGCUCACAUUGUACUACUCGGAUUGCGGAAGCUCGAGAAGUGUCAAAAGUAGUACUUGGGUACAUCUCGCCUUCAUUUACGAUUAUACGUCGAACACAAUGAGUCUCUACGUUAAUGGAUAUCUUGAUACAAAUUGCAGUUCAGUAUCUCCUUUCCAAGGAACACCGAAUACUACAUUAAUUAUUGGUGGAGCAAAAGUCCUUAGCAUGUACUAUGGAGGCUUGAUUGAUCAGCUCUCAAUAGUGACACGAGUCAAAAGUGCCAGCGAAAUCUUAGACACAGCUACUCUUGUUGUUUACUAUUCUUUUAUCAAUCAGAAUCUACUCGAUUCUGGACCUAAUUUGAUUAAUGGCACUGGAAUCGAUACGACUUUCACAGCUGGACGUGUAGACGAUGCAAUUGUCUUCAACGGAACAGCAUCGUACAUACAAAUAAAUAAUCUUAUAUUACUUGGUACUACAGGUUGGCCAUAUUCAUUUGCGUUUUGGAUUUAUCCUUAUUCGACACAAAACGGGACACUUGUUCAUAUGUAUAUGCCAACUGCGGCAACAAUACGGUGUAUUCCAAUCCUUGGUUUCACUUCGUCGGGUUCACUUGUUGCUCAAUCAUGGAAUGCAACACAAAUCUUGACUAUACAUGGACCGGUUAUUAGCUCAAAUAGCUGGAUUCAUAUUGCACACACAUAUUCAUCCAAUGGUAGUAUUCGUUUGUAUGUCAAUGGUUCGCUUGUAGCUAUUAGUACUGCGACAUUGUCAAAUUCAACACUUUCGCCUCCUGUUACUGUAAUAGUUGGACAUUGUGGUAAUACAACUCUUUGUUCUUGUUCGUCGGGUGCCGUCGUGCCCGCGCAAUACCAUGGACUGAUGGAUGAAUUUCGAAUCUAUUCGCGUGCAUUCAAUGCUAGUGAAGUAUAUGCGCUAGCCAAUCCUUGA